AUGGGAGAAGACCGUCCCAGACUUCUUGGCAAACGCGAUUUCAAAGUGGAGUCGGAGGACGAUGAAGUCUAUGGCCAGCCACCACAACGAAAUCAGGUGCUUGAUGAAUGCGUCUGCGGAAGUCAUUGCUCUUUAUUAAAACUUGGAAUGCACUAUGAGUAUACUGUAGUAAUGCAAACCAAAGCUUCUCUAUCACUGUAUUCUCCUGACUGUCUCUUCGAUUCUCAAUUUUGAUAAAGGAUGAGGUGACGACAGUAAGAAAAAACGAAAUGAAACAUCCAGAAAACAAUGAAAUUAGAAAAGUCUGAAUUUGCUUUCAGUUUUCGUCUUCAAACUCUCGUCAAGAACCCGAAGCCAGCACUAGGAACACACAACGACAAAUGCCACCCCAUCCUGCAAAUGUGAGCUGUUUUUUUCCGCUGAACAUAAACUUGCUCAUGUUUUCCGGAAUGAUAGCGUAACCAAGACCGCUCAGGUGGCGCCACGUGAACCGGAAUCUUCCCUUGAAGAAACUUCAGAGGAGAGCGUACAUGAGGAAAUCUCUCGUGUCUACUACGGAGAAGUAUUUUAGCUCAAUACCGGUUUCCGGGUCAUGGGACCCGCAAAUGUUUUUUGGUGCAAAGCCCAAAUAAAUUAUGGGGUCCGGAAAUAAUUCUUGGAAUCCGAGGGAUGCAGGGCCCAAUUUUGAACCCGGAAACCGGAAUUGAACCUGUAUAUCUUCUCUGUUUGCGGUUUAAAAAUUCUCAGUCACUUCCAGAUGCACAGAGUGAUCAACGAAAACGGAGGACUCGCGAAUAUCCUGAACAACAUUCCAUUGGCCCAAAGGAUCCUUGGCUCAAACUUCGCCAACGUCGUCCGUUUUAUUGCUCCAAUUGUAUGCGCAACUCAAGGUACACCGUCUGAAAUGAACUAUUUUCAGCAAGUACCAGCGUUCCCUGUCCCGUUGGCAAUGCCCAAUUUGUCAGAGGAUUUGGAGCUCCAGAGAGUGCGCCACUCGCACAGCUUGCUUUUCGCAGCUCUGACAAACGUCGUACAGGCCGACAUGAUGCUGCCAACUAUGGAAAAUCUUGAGAUGUGCUCUCUACUCACUACGGUACGAUUGGCGGAGCAUUUUCGACGAUGGAAUCGAUUGGUUUCAGAAAAUCAACGAGCUGCAACGCUACAUGAAUGACCAUGCCAACCGCCGGAACGUCAACUAA